GCGACGCUCAACUCGACGCGGUACUCGGUCCCCGGCGGUCCGUCUCCGAGUCUUCGUCUGUGACUCUGUGUCAGUCCGGCCGCAGCCAGGCAGUAGCCAGGCAGCCCUGCGCGACCCGCGUGCCGUGUGUCAGUGUGCCUUCGACGUGAGUGCGACGCGCGUGCGACGUGUGCGACGUGGACGCGGCGUCAUGGUUUUGCGGCAGUGAGGGACUGCACCGCGCACCAUGCCUGUCUUCAACAUCAUCUCGCGACGGUGCAAGGUAUGCACGGAUAAGACGGAGCCACCGAACAAGCCGACGUGGACGUCCUGGACGACUUCCUGUCGUGCGAUGCCGCCACCUUGGAGGAGAAGAUCAAGCUUGCCGACAGCGCCGCGGACCUGUCACUGGACCUCCAGGAUGACACGGACAGCAUGUACAGCCUGCUGGGGCUGCGGCGCCAGGGCUCCUGCUCCGACAUGGACCUCUCGCUGUCGCUCUCCGACGUGGCCCUCGCCACCGUCAAGCAGGAGCCCCACAACCUCAGCGACGCCGAGCUCAACGCCAUCGCCAAGGACCGGCAGAAGAAGGACAACCAUAACAUGAGACGUGGUCUGUCGCCCCCCAACGCCAUCGACAAGGAUCGCCAGAAGAAGGACAACCACAAUAUAAUUGAACGCCGGCGGAGGUUUAACAUCAACGACCGCAUCAAGGAGUUAGGGACCCUCCUGCCGAGGACCAAUGACCCCUACUACGAGGUGGUGCGUGACCUGAGGCCCAACAAGGGCACGAUACUCAAGUCCUCGGUGGACUACAUCAAGGUCCUCAAGCUGGAGGUACAACGCCUCAAGCAGUCAGAGGCUCGCCAGAAGGUCCUCGAGAGCCAGAACCGGCGACUAGCCCUCCGCGUCCAGGAACUGGAGGGACUCGCGAGGAGCCACGGCCUGCAGUACAGUGACUUCAGCUGGCAAAACUCGACGCCGAACUACCUCCACGAAACGUCACAUUUACACAAGAUGCCCGACGUGGUGACGGAGGCCGCGACGCUGAGCUCGGCGCAGCUGGACGACCUGAUGGAGGACGACCACCCCGUGACGGGCGACCCCAUGCUGUCGGCACACUUGUCGUCGCCGGACGGCGUCAGUGACCCCGACGACAUCUCGGUGGAGGACUGCCUGACGGGCGGCAUGGACCUGGGGGCGUGACGGACUCCAGUGUGCGAGUGAGAGUGAUUGUGGACCUUGCGGCGGCCCAGUCCCCGCUCGCGCCGUCGCCCUGCUGGACCAGUGCACGUCCGCGUCGUCGUCCAGGACGCCGUCGUGCCCGGGGCGCGUUGGAUGUCCGGGACUUCGUCGGCGCGCUACCUUCAAGGGUUGACGGAACAAAGGAGUCUGUUGUUCGGGCGAGGCCCUGGUGUUUGCCCAGGAGUAGCCCAGGGACCAGACACCCGGCAACAUGCUCCGAAUCUCACUCCAACCCCGUGCUGUGUCGGUUGCAAAGUUACCAAAUUCUCCAAUUUUAUUUCCCCCCCUUGGCAAACUAUGUUUUACGAAGUUGUGAAGUAAGCUCGACAGAGGCGUGAGUAGCUCUCCUUACUUCGGUGAAAAAAGUCAACAGCAACAACAACAAAGAAACAAGGGGGAAAAAUAAAUUUGUAUUCUUUGCCCAACCAUUCACAUCUAAGGUAUUGGAAAAAGAAGUGAACAUAGUCUAAGGAGUCUGGAACACCAAAAUGUAACAAUGUUUCACCCCGGUGGCCCUGGCCCAUAUAAAGCAAUAUAAGCUGGUGGCUGUUCUGUGACAUGGCUUGAAGCCUGCACCGAAUAGCGACCGACUUACGAUAAUACUAGUCAUCAGUGUGAAGGGAGAGGGUUCAUUUCAAAUGCGGGAAAGUGUUGUGCCUUCAGGAGGAAAUUGCUUCGUUCAGUUUGUAGAGUAGUUUGACUCGUCUCGGUGACAUGAGACGCUCAGGGCCCAUGUCCCACUGACACGGAUGUUAGCCGGUCUGACUUCCGUCUGCUUUCGGACUUUCAAACGCACCGAGGAGCUUGUUGGGAACACUUACUGUUAUUAUUAUUGUUACUAUUUUGAUCUAACAUCGAGCCCACGAGCACAUGGGUGACCAUGGUGACCUGCGGGCAACUUUGUUACACAGAGAUUAAUGUAAUGUUUACAAAACAUUCCUGUAAAGUGAUGUUAGUUUUAUUGCAGAUAAUUGCAUGCCAAUGCUCAGCUAGAUAAGUUGUGCCUCCCUACCUUGUCCCCAUUUCGCACCCGCCUUGGAGUCGCUAAAGAAGGCCCUUCCGCUAUUCAACUGUUUAACUUAUUGAGACGGCCUGUAAAAGUUUGCCGUGUACCCUACUGCACCACACCGCCGCUAAUCUGCGUACUCCUUCCCGUAUCGCGCAGACGCGGUGACGUGUCGUGCAUUCACUUCAUUCGGAGAUUUGGACAGCACCAACCAAAACAAGUACAAAAUGUAAUUAUAUAAAGAGCGGGAGAAAAUUUGUCUUGAAACCACCUCGGCUCCGACGUUGAUGCGAUCCAUUUUGCUGUCGUUUUCGAGAUAAGUUUUAGCUGUAGGCGGAAUGUUGUCCAUCGUGAAGGACUUGAAAUAGUAUUUAAAAAGCGCUCGAUGCCUGGCGGUCGCACUCACCUUACUAGUCGGCCAUUGGUGUCUUCGUGUUCAUUAUAGUUUUCAACUCAGGGGAGUCAUCCAGGAACCAGAAUAAAACCAAAAGACGAGUCUUACAGGACUCCACAGACGUUCGUGUGGGUACACCGACAGGCUGCUGUGUGGACGAGGCCCCUCAAACCGAGAAAAAGCUUCAAUCUCUGUGGCAUGGGAACUCCAGACAAAGUCAUCGUGCGAAAUCAAGUCUCAUUUGAAUUCUUGUAAUCAAAUCCAAACAAAUAUUUUUGAGAAAUUAAUUAAAACUUAAAUGAGAGAAAAUUUUAAGGUUGAAAGUACCAACUGUGGAACACCCUUCUACCAGACAGUUGCCAUGCCACUGAAACUAAAAAUAUUACGGGAAUUUGAGAAAUAUUGAUUGUUAUGAAUUGUUCAAGUGAUUUUUAAAUAUUGUUGUAAUGUAAGUUCCUGGAUUGUCUAUCAAUUUGUUUCAGUUAUAUCCACCUCAGUAUUGUUGCAAAUAUUAUGUUGAAAAAGUGGUGGUAGUUUUAAGUUGUAAAAAGCGUGUUUAGUGUAAAUAAUAAGUUAUAUAUUUUUGAAGUGUACAUUAACUGUCUUUGUCCAACUGCCAAACCCUCAUAUGUGCACCUGUUAUUAGUUACGGAAACACUUUUUAUCAUUUUCAGUAGUUUUUGUCAUUGACCAUGCGCAGUGCUGAAGUACCUUCUUGUCAAUAAAAUGCCAUUGUUUCAUGAAUGCAAUGAAACUCA